CCAUCCCAAAAGUUUACCAACAGCUAUCCGUGUAGCCGGCUUCACUCGAGAUCCUUCUUUCCACUCAACAAUCGUCGUAUACAUACCAAUCGAAUACACGAUUUCAUACCAAUUGACUUGCAAGCAACUGCCCAGACACCUACAGCAUCUUCGCCCCCCCCCCUCCUUGCGACUUGUCACUGGUUCCAAGGGGCCAUCAGUCGAACCACGGGUCGAUCCAUCCAUUGCGCGAGCAAACGGAAUCGCCAAGCAGAAGAAUACAGAGAAGAGAGAGAGAAAGAAGCCACAUUCUACUUGUCCAAGAUGUCGUGGCGCAUUCAGAACUUGCCCGAUUCCCAGACGAAUCCCUCGGGCGCCGCGCCAGGAGGAGAACGAGGAAGCGGGAAAAAGUCAAAGUCAAAGUCCACGUCGGACGGGCGGGGCGCGAUCAAGAGGCUCAUCAAGGAGCUUGACGUGUGGCGGUCGGAGAAGAAGGAGGAGAGGGGCAUCGAGAGAUUGGGUCCCGUCGACGACGAGGAUCUGUUGACGUGGGAGGCUGUUGUUAAUGGGCGGGGAAUCGGGAACGGAUAUGAUGAAGGCCGCUGGCUCCUCCACAUCCAAAUCCCGCAAGACUACCCCCUCCGCCCGCCGACGAUACGCUUCGCCACCCCCGUGGUGCACGCCAACAUUGCCCUCCAGACGGGCGAGAUCUGCCUCGACCUGCUCAAGGACGCCUGGACGCCGGCCUACAGCGUACUCGAGAGCGUGCGCGCCGUGCGCACGCUGCUGGCGUACCCGGAGACGGACUCGCCGCUCAACGUCGACGUCGCGGCGUUGCUGCGCGGCGGGGACGUGUUGGGCACGCGCGCGCUUGUUGAGUUUUGGUGCCGUGAUGACGAGGGAAGGUAUGAGGGGCCGUGAAGAUGGGGUUUUCAGAGGAUCUGUAGGGAGUGAGGUUUUGGAUAUGGGGCUGUUUUGCCAUGUGAUGGCUACGCUGUCAUCGUUAUGCGGAGGUAGGGUGAUUUGGGAGACAAUUUGACCUGCCUGGCUGGUGGACUUAAGUAGUCCAGUCUGUCAAGGGGAGAGAAUUUGGGUAGGGUUUCGGCAGCGGCUUCUGUUUUUGGACAAAAUACUCGACAGCAUCAUAUAUAUAUAUAUAAAUGUACAUGGAAUGGGACGGGACAGGAUAGGAUGGUAUGGAGUGCUCUUCUGGUAGGGAGAACUUUGAGGGAUAUUGUCAUCACUCACGAAAGAUUGUAUAACUGCAAUAGCAAAGAACUUAUUUAUUUGGG